AUGGCUGAAGAACGUGCCAUAACAGGUAAGCGCCAUACGUAUAACACCAGAGUCGAUACCAUCGAAUUCUAUAAUUGCGUGCGUAAUGCCGGAUGUUGGAUGUUGUUGGAUAAGGAAAAAUUGAUGAAGCUGGUCGCCGGACAUGAUGAUGACUUGGAGAAGCGAUUCAGAGUUGUUGAAGAAAAACAGGCUUGCCUGCGUUUUGUGCAGGCCGUCGUUGAUUGUCAUAAGGCCCCAGCUAAAACAUCACGUGCGUCAUCAACCAAUAACCGAGGACCUACAGAACCUCAAGAUGAUGGCGCCCAAGAGAGCCAAGAAAGAGAUCGAUAG